AUGGCAGCGCCGGCUGCGUGCGCAGGUGCGGGCGUUGUGGCAGAGACCGGAUCCAAGGUCAGUGGCUUGUCUGUGGGCGAGAAGGUCUUCUAUGCCACCAUGGGAGGCUGUGCUGCAGAAGAGCUCCUGCUGCCGGCACAGGCCCGAUGCCUUUCAGGGACGACGAGUCUUUCCCUGGUCCGUAUUCACCACCUGAGGGAAGCCAAGCAGUCCAGGCUGAUCCAAGCUGUACAAGCAGAAGGUCUUCACCUCCGCAUCAUCAGAAAACGUUCGGCCCCGACUCAAGGACGCCUGUGUUGCGUGCAACAGCGUGGCCGAUGA